CGCUGAUGAUCUAAACUGAAAGAGCACUAACUUGGGGUAUAAAAAGCUCUCUGACGGUAUUGAUUGCCUAACUACUACUAGCCACGUCUGCAACCUCUCUCUGUGAGCGAUUCUCGCUUUGGAACUGAAACUUUUGGGCACCUGUUGCUUAACCUGCUCCCGCGUAUGGUCAGCGUAUAUUGCUACUUUUGGGAUAUUCUUUAGAAGACUGUGAUUGAUACAUGCAGUGUGUUGCAGUGCGAACUCGUAAUCUACAGAAGGCGUACAACGUAGUUUGGGUGGUGCCAAACCAUGGCCCACUUACCUGUCGUUUUUCGAAAAAGUGGGAUGCCACGAUACUAAGGAGCCAACCACAUAUCGCAAUUCUGCCGCGCGUCUAACUGCACCAGCAAUGUGUCCUGUGCGCAUCGAUAAUCCUCAUCAUGACUUUCACGAUCCUCCUCUCAGCUCGACUGCCGAAUCUCAAGUCCAAGAGCAAUACGACGGCAUUCAUCACCUGGUCAAACAGCAAAAAUCAACAUCGCAGCUGGCUAAUUUCCUCUCCUCCUCAUUUUCGAAACGUCUCAAAUCGUCAUUGCAGAUCACGACCAAUCAGAUAAAGAAACAUCAUGUCCACAAUGCAGGGGAGUGGUUUCGCGACACCCUGCAGUCUAUAGAAACUCGAAAGCGGAUUGAAAGAACUAUCGACGAAGGAGAAGAUAUAUAUGUCGUUUUAGCUUUUCAUACGUUACUCAACGCUCGAAUCCGGGAAUAG